UAAUUACCCACGAGUUUCCAGACCAGUUCUCCCAGACUCGGUGAAGUGCUACCAAUGGCUCUGUAGGGACGUAGCACGCGAAUUGUUUCAAGUCUUUAUUUUUCCCAGGAUGCGCGCCGCAAGUUUUCUUGUAAUUUUCAUGUUCUUGAAAAAUGUGGACACUCAGAAAAGUAAAGUGCAUUUGGAAAAAAUAUCCACUUUGUAUAUUCCGUCGCGUUACGAUUCUAAUGAUUUUCCGGAGUUUAAACUUGGAAAGCAUGCAGCGGAACAACUUGCCUACGAUCCUACACAAAAGAUUUUAUAUGUGACAGGCGAGGAAAAGUUGACCGUUGUAGAUAUUUCCGAUCCCAGCAAUCCUUUGAUUCUUUACCGGAAAAAGUUUGAAAAAAUGGAUCCAACGGAUGUAGAAUAUUGCGGGAAUCACGUGUUUCUCACCGUCAACAAUGAUGUCAAACCUGAAGAGGGAAGAGUCAUGGUGUUCCGGAAGUACAAUAAACGACAUAAUACCAUGCCAGUUGUACUAAAUCUUGUUGUUGGUCCGUCCCCCAAUAUGUUACUUCCGACAUUCAACUGUCAAACUGUAUUGGUGGCGCUAGAGGGAGAGCCGUUUGCCAGGGGAGGUAACCUCAUCGAUCCAGAGGGCGCUAUUGGUAUCAUCAAGUUCCCAAACAGCUACAUCUCCAAGAAGACGUACAGUUACAAAACUCUGGACUUCAAACACUUUAACAACAAAUAUCCGGCAUUGUCAAAGAGUGGUGUGCGUUUCGUUUACAAAGGAAACGGUAAUACUUUAGCACAAGAUCUAGAGCCAGAACACAUUACUCUGAGCGCUGAUGAGAAGAAGGCGUUCGUCACUUUACAGGAAAAUAAUGCAAUUGCAGAAGUUGAUUUAGUCAGAGAAAAAAUAACUAAUUUACGUGGACUAGGAUUCAAAGACUGGAAAAAGUAUAAACUCGACCCCAGUGACAGUGAUGGAGGCAUCAAUAUCUAUCCGUACCCUGUUUACGGUAUAUAUCAGCCAGACGCCAUAAGGACCGUGAAAGUUCGAGGAAGGGAGUAUAUUGUAACAGCCGAUGAGGGAAAUAGCAAAGAUUAUUCCAGAAUGAAACUGACAAUUCCGGGAUUCAACGAAGUUGAACGAGUCAGAGAUAUCACUCUCUCAAAGCAAUCUGAAGUACUGAAAUGGGCCAAAGAGAGAAAAAUACCGAACAUCCAACACGAGGCACUAUUGGGUAAACUAUUGGUUACUACGGAAAAUGGACGACGUAGAGAUGGUACCUACGACAAGCUCUAUACGUUUGGUGGGCGUGGUUUCUCUGUGCUGACUUCGGACACCAUGCUUCGCGUGUACGAUAGCGGGUCUAAUGUCGAGGAAUCACAUGCAAAGCAAUAUCCCAAACUCUUUAACUCCUUGGUGAAGUCAUCUGCAAAUAUCACAGAUACUGUUGAUUCACGGUCUGACAGUAAGGGACCAGAAAGCGAAAGCCUGGCGGUUGCCUAUGAUGGCCGCCGAGUGAUCGUUUUCCUUGGAAACGAGCGGCCUGGCUCUAUCAGUAUUUACUCCUUCAACAACGACAUGAGCCGGGGGUCUUUGGAGAGUAUCUACAGUGGGGCGCGGGCGCUGACGGGAACGUGGGGAAGCGCGUUUUCCCGGGGUUACAUCACUGACAUGGAUCCAGACGAUAUCAAAUACCUCUCUCCCAACCAGAGUCCGAAUGGUCGACCCAUGUUGUUAGUGGCGGGAUCUGAUACAGGCACCAUAUCACUCUUCAACGUCAGAGGCAUGCGCAGUCCUUUACCAAAACCACGAGUCAGUUCUAGGAUUCCAUACAAACCCCUCCAAAGUUCACCCCUCAAAGAAUCGACAACAAAGGCACUUGUCACAACACAAUCCAAAGUCACGAUCCCCUGGAAAGGAAAUCAAAACCUUAUCGGAAAACAGAGCAACAAUUUUAAAAAGAACCAAAAGGGCAAUUUCUAUAGGAACACUAAAGGGAACAAAAAGGUCAUAAAAAAGACAGCGACAACGAAAGGAAGGAAUAAGCAAAGAAACAAAGCACGGCAAAAAACGAAUGCAAAAACUGCGAGAAAACUUUCAAAAGCAGUAAAUAAGAAAAGACUUUCACAGUCAGCAAAAGGGAAAAGACCUCCAAAACGAGCAAACCGAAACAGAAUUACAAAAACUGCAAAAAGACUUUUGAAAUCAAAGGGUACAAAAGCAAAACAGAGGCGUGUGUCAAAGACGAAAAGGGGGCGUGCGUCAAAGACGAAGGGCCGGCGUACAUCAAAGACUAAAAGGACGCGUGCAUCAAAGACAAAAGGAAAGCAAAAAUCAAAAAGGCGACAAAGUUCAAGCAAAAAGUCGAAAUCAAAAAGAGUAUAACGGCCAGAUUUAAAUAAUGUUUGAUAUUUUAAGUCGUCGGUAAUCUCAGGAUACAACCAGAGAGAAAUGUAUCAAUACCAUUUCAAAUAUAUUAAUCUAAAACUUU